AGUGAUUGGUUAUUGCGUCGCUCAUCGCCGCGUGUGGCACAUGCGCAUUUUACCACCCAUUUCACCCAGUAUUAUUCUUCCGGUUGAAGCCAUCGCAUUGAACUGUUGUCGAAUUUAAGAGGAUGAAGUACAAUCGUCUGGUGUCUUCCUCGCGCAGGAAGAAUAGAAAGCGGCACUUUACAGCGCCUUCUCACAUUAGACGACGACUGAUGUCCGCACCGUUAUCCAAAGAGUUGCGACAAAAGUACAAUGUGCGGUCGAUGCCGAUCCGCAAGGAUGACGAAGUACAGGUAGUACGUGGUCAUUAUAAGGGUCAACAAGUAGGAAAAGUCGUUCAAGUAUACAGGAAAAAGUUCGUAAUAUAUAUUGAGCGAAUUCAACGUGAGAAGGCAAACAGCGCCAACGUCUAUGUCGGCAUUGACCCUUCUAAGACGGUUAUUGUUAAAUUAAAAAUGGAUAAAGACCGUAAAAAGAUUAUUGAUAGGCGAAGCAAGGGAAGAUUGGCUGCAUUAGGCAAAGACAAAGGCAAAUACACAGAAGAUGUAACGGCCGCCAUGGAAACAUCAUAACUCUUUAUGUUCAAUACUAGAAACAGCACCUUAAAAAUUAUACUUUAAGAGCUAAAAACACUUAGAUAAAAAAUAUAAGCUUAUUAUAUAGCCUGGAAUUCGCACAUAUGUGUAUAUAUACACAUGUAUAAAGGGUAAGUUUUAAUUCUUGUGUCAACAUUUUAACAUAAGAGAUGACUUAUUGAUUGCAACAAUAAGAUUUAUGACUAAAUGUUAAAAUUGCAGUCGGUAAGUUAUCUUUUAUAAUGAAACGUUGGAACAACCAUCAAGGUUCAUCCUGUGUAUACAUAUAUGUAUAUAUAUACAGGGUGUUUAUUAAAGGUUGUAUACACUUUUUACCACAGGAGCAUGAUUUACCGACGGAUAUGUAUUUCUAACAUAUUAGAAAUAACAAAUACGUGCUCCUAUGGUAAAAUGUGGGGACUACCAUUAAUGAACACCCUGUAUGUCAUUUAAAACAAUAAGUCAAUUUUUGUCAAAAUUGAAAUAUCGAUAAACCCAUUCUGUAACUUUUAAUGACUAGUAUCAUUAUACUGUCAUUGCGCAGAUUUUAUAUAUAUAUAUAUAUAUAUAUAUAUAUAUAUAUGGUGAAAAAAACUGAGCUACCGCAAUGUAACCGUAACGAUACCAAACUCGUCAUUAACAAAUCGUUUACUACCAGAAAAAUCUCAAAUUUUCAGGGAGUUUAUUUUUUGUUUAUGAAAAUCAUGGAUUUUCAUAUGAUUUUAUUGAAACUUGGAAAUUUUUGGAAUUUUAAUUUUUAAAUUUAAAUCUACCUUUUUUGAUAAAAUUAUUUUUUUUGUCAUUUUUUCUUGAUAAAUGCAAAAUUAAUUUGCAAUAAAUAUGACGUAUACAUGUUCAUUCACAUUCUUUUAUGGUUCGCGUGUUAUUAAAAAAAAAAUAGUGACAUUAAAAAAUAAUAUAUAGUUUUAAGGCUCCUGAGUACUCAUCGCGGCCAUAUUGAAGUCGUGACAUCAGAAGCGAGAACUUGCAUGAAAUAAUACGUAAUUUUGUCCGAUUUGUAAAUAAAGCUAAUUUGGAUAAAACAGA